AUGAAGAGAAAAGCAUUAAAGUUGAGGAAUAUUGAGCUUAUUCCUACCUGGGGGCUUGUAGGCAAUGAAACUGAUGACUUGGACUUGGCGGAUAUUGUUGAAGCCAAUGAUCCUUAUGAAGCCGUCUGGGUGAGCCUUGAUUGCCUCAUUCAGCUCGUUCACGACCUGAAUUGCAUCUGUGCAACCGAACAUGGGCAGCUUCCACAUUGUCCAGUACCUCCCGUCAUAGUACCCUGGAGACCUGUUGUUCUCACGCUCGAAUUCAAGGCAAGGAAUGAGCUUUUCUUUGAGAAGGUACUCAAUUUGCUUGAUGAGUUGCUCCGUGGUGAGGGGAGGAAGGNUUUUUGA